CUCACUUCCCAGUCAUCAUCACAAUGAAGUACUCCUGUGUUCUGCUCCUUUUGGCCACCGUCGCCUGUUUCCUGGUGAGCCUGUCCAGUGCCAGUACCACGACCACGACCACGACAGAUGCGACCACCACAACGACCACCGCCUCGUCCUCGGACACCACCACCACCACAGCCUCGUCCUCGGACACCACGACCACCACGGAAGCGUCCUCUUCCAAGAAGAAGAAGCACGUGACCCACUACAAGCGCAAGGUGCACCGCCCCAAGAAGAUCAGGAAGAUCCGCCGCAACAGGAACAGGAGGAACAGGAACCGCAGCGGUUAAACUGCUAGAGAAAAUACACAACCCCUUCCCCGAUACCCAAGAUCCCGAUUCCCGAUUCCCAAUUAGCUUUAUAAUUUUACCUUAUUUGCAUUAUGGCAUCAAUAAAAUGAUACUUUAAAAAAU